UUGUCUAAUCAAUAGCGUGUGUGUUUUAGAAGGUCUGUAUAGAAGUCUCUGCUGUGGUACAUCACAGCGAGGGAUGGUUUGUACAUUGUAACACAAUGAAGGCGUGCACUGCAGCCCUGCUUUGGACCCUUUUGCUCACGCUGCGGGCCUCCUUUGCUGUGAGUCCCCUGAACUGCGAUGAAACUGAGUCCGUGGCUAAGACAGCUCUAGACCAGAUCAAUAAAAGACGAUGGAAUGGCUACCUUUUCGAGUUGGUGCGGAUUGCUGAUGCCCACGUGGACAAAGCGGAAUCCGCAGCUGUCUAUUAUUUAGUCCUAGAUGUGGAAGAAUCUGACUGUCCGGUGCUAUAUAAGAAACACGGGGAAGACUGUGAGCCAGCUGUUUCUAGACGGCCAUCUGAUAUAGUGAUCGGACAAUGCAAGGUAUUAGCAAUAACAUAUUUGAAUGAAUCUCAGGAUCUUAGAGUGAAAGACUUUAACUGCACCACAAGUUCCGUCUCUUCAGCGCUGGCCAAUACCAAAGACAGCCCCGUACUCUUUGAUUUCUUUGAGGAUACCGAGCUCUACAGACAACUAGCUGACAGAGCCCUUGAGAAGUACAAGAGAGAGAAUGAUGAUUUUGCCUCUUUCAGAGUGGACAAAGUGGAGAGAGUAGCAAGAGCGAGAGGAGGGGAAAGAACCAAGUACUAUUUGGACUUCUCUGUGAGGAACUGCUCCAGUCGCCAUUCUCGCAGACCGUCCAAGGUCUUUGGAUUCUGCAGAGCAGAUUUGUCCUAUGAUGUAGGAGUCUCUGCCUUGGAAAUCCCAAAAGACAUUGUAGUAAACUGUAAAGUCUUCAACCUUGAGGAGCAUAGAAACAUCCAUGAUGGACCACGCCAUUUUGGCCAUCCCUUCCACUCUGGUCGGCAUGAGCAUAAUCAUAGUUUCAGUGAGCACCAUCCCCAUGGACACCCUCCCCAUGGACCCCCUCCCCAUAGACACCCUCCUCAUGGACCCCCUCCCCUUGGACCCUGUCCCCAUGGACCCCCUCCCCAUGGACCUCCUCCUCAUGGACCCCCUCCCCAUGGACACCAUCCCCAUGGACCCCCUCCCCGUGGACCCCCUCCCCAUAGACACCAUCCCCAUGGCCAUGAUUUCCAUGACCAUGGACCAUGUGACCCACCACCCAAUAGCCAAGGUCCCCAAGAUCAUCAUCGCUUGGGCCAUGGCCCACCACCUAGGCACUCAGAAGAAAGAGGUCCAGGUAAACGACACUUUCCCUUCCAUUGGAAACAAAUUGGAUAUGUUCACCGACUCCCUCCACUAAAGAAAGGUGAAGUUCUUCCUCUGCCCGAAGCCAAUUUUCCCAUCUUCUCAAUACCGAACCACAAUGAUCCUCUAAAGCCAGAAUUUCAGCCCUUCCCUCAAUCAGCCUCUGACCAAUGUCCAGGGACGUUCAAGAGUGAGCUUCUACAAGUCUCAACGUUUUUUGUGUAUACUAUUUCAAAAUAAAAUCUGAUUUCUUGAUGGGGAAAUAUGAAUAAUAUUCUGAAUUAGAACCAUAAAUAAAAUGUGACCAGUAAUAAACACAAAAUUAGAACUUG